AUGGAUGUUAGCAGCAAGGAGGCUCUGAUAGAGGCCCCUCCGGACUACACUCCCGUCCCCAGGAUCCCCUGCCUCUCCCCUCACCUCAAGAGACUCUUGAUCAUCAUGGUGGUGGUUGUGAUCAUAGUCUUGGUUGUGCUGGGUUUCCUCCUGAUGGGACUGCACAUAUCCGAGAAGCACACAGAAACGGUUUUGCGAAUGACUAUCCAAGGCCUGGAUGGGGAAGGGUCCCUGCAGCAGCUCUCCAUGAGUGGGAAAGAAAGGACAGGGACUUUCCACAUCAAGGCAGGGAUCAAUUCUUCAGCCACUGUCGUGUACGACUACCACCACCUGCUGAUCUGCUACAAAUCCUGGCAAGGCCGAGCCUGCUACAUCACCAAGAUGGACAAGGAGAACAUUCAGGGCCUGGAUACCAUUGCCAAGGUGUUCCAGCAUCUCCAGCUCGAACAGGGUGAAGAGAUGGAGGAGGUGGGGUUCCCUGUGCCCCAGGCCAAUCGCUCCAUUCUGGGCACUACAAUUAACAUCCUCUGCAGCAACGUUCCCAUCUACUGGGCUUAG